GUGUACCUGCGCCCAUCUACCGUGUUCAGUUUCUUCGUUUGCUAUCACUUCAAAAGCUGACACGGUCAUCCCACAGAAUGCGUUGGCAAACAGUCAGACAAUUCCUCUGGGGAGAGAUACCCUCCUCAAAGUUGGAGCGAAUCCUCCUCCUCAAAUUGGACUGGUUCAUUUUGUCUUAUUGCUGUCUCAUGUAUUUCACCAACUAUCUGGAUCGAGCGAAUGUAAACAAUGCAUACGUAUCCGGGAUGAAGCAAGAACUCAACAUGCAAGGAAAUGACUUCAAUAAAAUAAAUACCAUCUUUACGUGCGGCUACAUCGUCGGCAUGAUUCCAAACAACUUGAUGCUCCAGGUCGUCCCACCGAGAUUGUGGUUUCCAUCGAUGCAGAUAGUAUGGGGUAUCCUCACCUUCUGUUCGAGUAGCGUUCAUAACGUUCAACAGUUGUACGCUAUCAGAUUCUUCCAAGGUAUAUCAGAAGCAUCGACCUUCGUAGGCACCCACUAUAUUCUCGGAUCAUGGUAUAAACCCGGCGAAUUGGGCAAGCGCUCGGGCAUCUUCACAAGUUCUGGUCUAGCUGGGACACUGUUCUCUGGCGUGCUUCAAGCAGCCGUCUACCAACAUCUUGGAGGCGUCGGCGGGAGAAGCGGGUGGCGGUGGCUGUUCAUAAUUGAUGGCGUAAUCACCCUCCCUAUCGCACUUUAUGGCUUUCUCGUCUUCCCUGAUGUGCCAUCGACCACCAAAGCAUUUUAUCUUAACGAAGAGGAACGAGCUCUUUCCCAAAACCGUCUUGAUUCGGAUGUUAUCCAUCAUAGCCUCUCUUGGGAUCUUGCGAAGAGAGUACUUAGCCGCUGGCGUUGGUACGGAUGUAGUCUCCUCUUCGCCAUCUCAGGGGAGACUGAAAGUUUCGGCUCCAACAAUCUGAUGGGCCAGUGGCUAUCUGCCAUAGGAGGUUAUACAGUCGAACAAGUUGAUUACUAUCCGAGUGGCGUCACAGCUUUCGGAAUUGCUUCCACACUCGUCUGCGCUACCUGGACAGAUUACACACGAGCAAGAUGGCCCGUGCUCGUGUACAUGUGCUUCUGCUGCACAGUCGCUGCGAUCUGUAUCCUUGUUUGGAAUAGUCCCACAGGGUUGAAAUUCUUUGCAUAUUAUUUCGCAGGAGCCUCGUAUGCUGGACAAGCUACCACAUUCGCGUUAGCUCCAUCUUCGCGACUUCUCGGAUUGACUCGUGCUGAUUUGGUUUUUUGUUCUGCAGUUGGGCAAACCAGAUAUGCGCAGAUGAUUAUCAGGAACGUGCUAUCGUGCUUGCUUCCAUGAAGUGAUUUCUCUUUCGUUUGAUCCCCCCAAAACUGACUUGGACAUCAAGCAUGUGGAACAACGCGGUCAAUGCCUGGUGGCCACUUCUCUUCUACCCUGCUACGGAUGCGCCUCGUUUCAAAAAGGGCAUGAUCGCAAUGAUCUGCACGUGUGGCGCGACAUUGGGGGUGACUUGGCUGGUCUGGUACCUGGAGCGGCGAGAGCAGCGUUUGGCAGCCAGGAAACAUGUGGACCAGAUGAAAGAGGAUAGUCCCGUCGAAAACGGCAAGCCCUUAAAGGACGAGUAAUAGCAAAGUUGUUUGCGUGUCAGACUUUUCAAUGCACCCUCAAACUGUCUGAUUCAUGAAAAAAAAACU